GCGAUGUGUGCUGCAACCGCUCUAGAAACGACCACCAAUACUUGCCCAUACUGGGUCACUGGCACGGGAUCGUAUAAAGUUCAUUGCUGCUUUGUUCUAUUCACCUCGCGUUCAUGGCGUCGGCCUCAAAAGCUUCAGGUGACAAGAAGAAACCCAAGAAGAGUGGCGAGGCAUCGUCACGGAGUAAAGAUAAGGAACGCAAGAGCAAGAGUAAAGAUCGAAAAUCUUCUUCCAAGAGAGAGAAGCCCGCUGCAGCUCCAGCAUCUGUUGCUACGGCCCUCGUCACUCCACCUCCAGUAGUUCACGACCCAGACGCCAUUCAGUUAUUCCGUCGGUACGACCGGAACCGGUCAGGAGUUCUCACGAGACUCGACUUCUUGCAGCUCUUGAAAGACUAUACUGACCCAACGAGUAGCGGGUGGGGGGCAUCUUUAUCAAGACCACCUUUGUCGCUAACGGACACUAGUGGCAUCCCGCUAGGAUACCAACGAGCCGAUAGAAACUCAGAAUUUGAGGCUGGUCAACUCUUCGAGCGGUACGAUAGGGAUCACACAGGCGCACUCACCUUGGAUACUUUUCACGUCUUUUUUGCCGACUUCAAGCCGCAACUGCGAGCUUUUGUAGAGGAGACUAACUAUCGAGCUCUUGCUCCACCGGUAGCGAACAUUUCACCUCCAUUCGAACCUGUUCAAGAGGAAAAAGCUGUGCCCGUAUCUGCAAAUGUCCAAGAUGCUGCAACAGAAGCAGAUAUUUCAAGUCCAAAGGCAGUAAGAGCGAAGUACCGAGCAGCGUUGUGGAGGUUAAGGAAAAUUUGUAAAGACGAGUUAUUCGACCAGCGAGAGCGCCUUGUACUGCAUUUGAAAGCUAUACGGGAGGACAUCACGCAUCAACAACAACAACAAAGAAGCAGGAAUGACAAUAGCUGGAUGAAGCGCAGAUCGAGAACGUCACCGUUUCCGGAUUUUAACGAAAGUGAAGGUGUGCCGGAGAAUAACGAUACUAAGCAAUACGAAGCCAUGGAAGACGACCUGGACCGGUUGGAUGAGGUGAUAGGAUACGUACGACGCCACCUGAACAAAGGUCAGAUUCGUAUCAAUGUUCUAGAACGAGUGAGAAUAAAUUAUUCUAACCCUGCAACUUAUGUAAUAGGAAGCGAUAUUUCGCGGCGGGAAAUGCAAAGCUUUCUCGAAAAAGCUGACAGAGUUGAGGAAGAGGCUGAAUGUCUUGCCAUGAAAGACUAUGGUGAUAUCCCUGCAUCCAAGAAGAAGGAGAACGAUCGAUCUUCUCUAAAUUCUUCACCUCCACCACCGACUUCAGCUCCUGUCCAACCAGCCUCGCUGCCAUCUUCGCAACAUCAGAAACAAACGGAGCUGGAGGGUCUUCUAAGAGUGAAAGAUCAAAUGAUAUACCAGUUGCUGCAAGAGCGAACGGCGAUGCGCAAAGAGCGCGCUACAGUUGAGGCCAGUCUGCAAGAACUCAGUGAUGUCAGCACUCGAGAGAUGAAGAAGUGGGCUCGACUCACAGACGAAAUGCAAGCCGAAAUCGAGCAACUUCGGUCCCAGUUGACCUCUCAUCGCAUGGAACGAGGCCAAGCAGCAAGGGGUGAUAGAUACACAUAACUAAAAGAACUAGAACUCAACGUUAAGCUGAAGGUAUCCGGCAAGAAAAAAAGUCGGAAUGACAAACUCACCGCACAAACCAUGCGAAUAGUCUGAAAAGCAUACAAACAGAAAAUCCACAUAGUUUUACCAACCAUUCGGGGUAAGCAGUCCAUCAUUUAAUCAGCUCCACCCGACGGUGUCGACGCUGCUGCAGGCGUCGAUGAAGAGUUGCCAAACAGCAUCGUGAGCAGUUGGCUUUCCUUGUA